AGCUGUUCGGCACACAUCCAGCGCACACACGACCCCAAAACAAAACCUUCCGCAAAUUUUACACAAUGCCGAAAAAUUACGAAGCCGAAAAGAACAACCCUUGUUUGAAGGAGCAGGAACUGUCCUACAAAUGUCUCAGCAAGAACAACUUCGACCACGGCAAGUGUGAGCUGUAUUAUGCAAACUACAACAAUUGCAAGGAGUUUUGGAACAAAGUGCGAGCGGAUCGACGCGCGAACGGUAUCUUCCCUUACCUACCAGAUGUUGCCGACCGGGAAAGUAUCAAAGCCGAGUAUAUGAAGACGAAACCGACGUGAAGCACAGCACAGGACGGACGUGGGAGACACGAGCCCACCGUUAGCAAUCAGGGGUUUUCGUUAAUUUGUAGAUAAUGCAGUGAAAUAAAAGGGUUCGCACGGGGAUGUAAACAGUCUCGCGACGAGCACAGCACAGCGUA